AUGGAUGGCCCAGCAGACUCAUAUGUCACAAUCCGCAGUUACGAGCCAUUGGUUUUCAUAGUUCGACAACUUCGUGCGGAUGUGCCCAGGGAGAGCAUGCUUGAGCUCCUGAGAACUGACACAUCGCUGACGGGCCCAGACAGAUUCCGCGAGAACUCGAUCAACCUGGCAGCAAGACUGCUAACCAUGCUCAAAAUCGGCCGCGCAGAAAAUCAAGUGGCCGCCCGAGGCUACCUAGACUGGAGCGCAGGCACUCUUCGAGAACUUAUCUCGCAGCGAUUUUCCGACGCACCGAUACUAGAUUUUACUCACACAAGAUUCCCCAAAACCUUCGAUGCAUGGAGCCUGGACUCAAUUUCAGGAUUGUCAAUCGAGUUCACUGACAACAUCGCGGAUCACCUGCUACUUGUCGACGAUGACACCACGGUGCUCAUUUUUCAUCACGUCACAUUUCUAGAAUAUCAAGGACCAGACAACCUCUUCCCUCCGGGUUUCAUCGAAGAAACGAAGCACACCCUCGCACUGCUCUUCCCCCAGGGGACAUUCGGGGCACCACAGCGAGGCAAGGAAUACAAGAGGAAAUGGCUGCGCAAGCUAACGGCAGCGGCGGCACCCUGCGCGGUCGACCAGCGGCUGGGCCACUGUUUUGGGACCCUGCGCGCGGAGCAGCGACACAUCGAGCGCUUCCACUACUGGCGCGACCGACUGGUGAUCUUGAAGCAAGCCUUUGACGAGGCGACGCCGACGACCAUCUCGCAGUGGUGGCAUGACCGGAGGAACGGCGAGCGGUGGUACACUUUCUGGGUAGCGAUCCUGGUUCUGGCCGUCACUGCGUUCCUUGGGCUCGUCCAGUGCGUCGAGAGUGCGCUGCAGGUGUACAAGGCUUUUUAUCCAAGCUGA